CCGGAAAUGGAGGCCACUUUCGCAUCGGCGUGGCGCAUGCGCAGUGUGUCUCCUUCACAGUGCCCUGCGACGGCGUUCUAGUAAGCUAGCCGUCCCUCCGCUCAGCAUCGUCACGCCACCGCGACUUCGCCGGCUCCGCUGUCGCCCCUUCGGACCGCAUGAUGGCAGUGCCCCCUUGCUACGCAGACCUGGGCAAAGGCGCCAAGGACAUCUUUAGCAAAGGCUACGGCUUCGGACUAGUGAAGCUGGACCUGAAGACCAAAUCUCAAAGUGGCGUGGAGUUCAACACGUCCGGUUCGAGCAACACGGACUCCGGCAAAGCGUCGGGCAGCCUGGAGACCAAAUACAAGAUGAAGGAGUUGGGCCUGAGCGUCAACCAGAAGUGGAACACGGACAACACGCUGGCUACCGAGGUCACGCUGGAGGACCAGCUGACUCAAGGCUUGAAGGUGGCGUUGGACACAUCUUUUGUUCCAAACACGGGCAAGAAGAGCGGCAAGCUGAAGACGGGCUACAAGCGCGACUACGCCAACCUGGGCUGCGACGUGGACUUCGAGGGCCCCGUCGUCCACGCCGCCGCCGUGCUGGGCUACGAGGGCUGGCUGGCCGGCUACCAGAUGGCCUUCGACACGGCCAAGUCCAAACUGGCUCAGAACAACUUUGCCUUGGGGUACAAGGCCGGCGACUUCCAGCUGCACACCAACGUCAAUGACGGCACGGAGUUCGGCGGCUCAAUUUACCAGAAAGUCAACGAGGCGCUGGAGACGGCCGUCACCCUGGCCUGGACCGCCGGCAGCAACAACACUCGCUUCGGCAUCGCCGCCAAGUACAAAGUGGACGCCGACACUUCUGUGUCCGCCAAAGUCAACAACGCGAGUCUCAUCGGAGUCGGAUACACUCAGAGCCUCCGACCAGGCGUCAAGGUCACGCUGUCGGCGCUCAUCGACGGAAAGAACUUCAACGCAGGAGGUCACAAGGUGGGCAUGGGCUUCGAGCUGGAGGCGUAGAACGAGAAAAAGACGGAAAGAAGAAGAAGAAAAACCACCGUCACGUAGCUCCUCCCCCACACGCCCCACAUCCCACCAAUCACACGCGAGCAUGUUGACAGCGGAGGUGAUUGUUGUUGUUGUGUUGUGGUGCUGCUUGCUCCUCACUGAGAACUUUGACUGACCGUGUGUGAGUGUGUUAAGUUAUGUCACUUCCUGUGGAGGGUUGCCGUGACGACCAGACUUAGGACAAAGUGUACGUGUGAGUGGGGCGCCGCUAGGUGAAAACAAUGCGGUGUAAUCUUCUGGUUAUUAUUUUGCAUAGUUUGCUUCUCCACAGCAGUGUUCCCCAACCUUCUAUACACCGCAGACCGGUUUAGAGUAGGUGUGUGUGUGUGUGUGUAUGUGUGUAUAUAUAUAUAUAUAUAUAUAUAUAUAUAUAUAUAUACACACACACACACACACGGUUGCCUCGCUUCCUCCUUCGCCCUUCACAGCACAUCCACUGUGGGCGCGAUGGAGGAGUCGGAGUUGUUGUCGGCAGCCAGACCAGACUGCAGUUCUGGAGCUCGUCAAUGAGAGUAGACUUUGAACUCCAUAAAAGUAGUUCUGCCUGCGUCGAGCAGAAACCUACGACUGUAGUAUCUGUAUCGGAGCGGACUUGGUGCGUGAGAGUUAACUUGCGAUAAAGCCGUAUUUUAAGUAGGACUCCUAAUUUAGUGUUGUUUCGUUGAAAAGAGCAAAUCUUUUCGGUAAACGUAAUGCACUGAAUUAGUUUAUGAAAUGAUUUUGUCCUUUGAGCUCCGCCGCCGUUGGGCAGCCCGCUCGGACCGGAAACGGAAGCGUUCCGUGCGGCCUCGACGUGUCAAUUGAGAGGCGCAGCUGUUGCGGCGGCGAAGAUCCGGUCAAUUUUCAAAAUAAAACACAUUGACGCGCGAAUUGCAUUGCAACAGAAAGGAUAGAAAUUGGUCAUUCUUUCGAUUGGGGACCACUGCUCUGCAGGAUUGUUUUCAUCUACUCGAACGUCGUCUAUGUUCCGCAAAAACACUUUUUUCACCGUCCUCGUCGCCCCUCAAACUGCAAUUUAUUUUUGGGUGUUGUCGUCAUUGUCACUUAGACCUCAUUUUUCCAUGUCAACUAGGGCAACUCUAUUAUUAAAUAUAUUUCAAACGGAA